AUGUUAACAAGCCUCAAAUAUUCGUGCCAGAAUCAAUUAAAAAUCCUGCCUUCAAUCUCGAGCAGGUUUUUCACCAAUCGAGCGCGACAUCAAAAAGAGAACGCAAGAACCAACAAUGACAUUCUUCUGAACACAACAGCCUUACUGAAGUCGCAAAAGUCGAAUCACAGAGAUGAUAAAUUUUCGAGACAGGUAAUUCCCAAGAAAAGAGCCAAACCGAUUGGACUGUCUUCACAUCGUAAGCGACUGGCUCUAAGAUGGAGCGGUGGUAAUGAGAGGGCUCAGCAGGCGGCAAAUUGGAUAAUUGAAAGGUCUAUUAAGAUCAAUAGUCGUGGAAUUGUCAAAAUGGUCAAUACGGAGAGCAACAAGUUAGAAGAGGUACAAAUUCAAACUCUUCCAGAGAAAAUAGAUUUAUCCAGUCAAGGUCUUAUACUAGUUGACGUUGAAGAGCAGCAUGGAAGCAAAAUACCCCUUAUUAAGAUAGUUGAAGCCAAGACCGCUCUGAAGCGAUAUUCAGAUGCGAUUGCUAGCCGAAAAGAGAAAGAGCUGUCAAGAUUAGGAAUUUCAGCGAGAACCGGUAAGAAACCCGAAAAGGACAAAGAUAGUUGCAUCAAACAAAUAAAGGUUUCCUGGCAGAUAUCAGAUUCUGAUCUGGUGAAUCAGAAGGCUAACGAAAUCGAAAGUCAGCUGCAGAAAGGGCUCAAAGUUCAUCUUUAUGUCGAUUCUAAAGACGCACUAAGCAAGGCAAAUUGGACAAAUGAUUUUAAUUCAACGAACAGCUCAGCCCCAAUCCAGAACAACAUUUCAAAGAAAGAACUAAAAAGGAGAGAAUUCAUCGUUGAAGCUCUUCAAAAAAUUGCUGAGAAUUCUAAUGCAUCUUACACUCUCGAAGGUUCAUCAGAAACUCGUCUAAUAAUGAAACUUGCAUCAAAGAGUUCAGGGAACUCCGAUGAGAAGAAGACAAUUAAAGAGCAUAAUCGGAGGGAAAAGCAGGCUAAGAUCGAGAAGAGGGUCGAAAAGAAGAGGUUAAGAGAGGCCCAGAAGAGAACAAACGCCAAUCUUAUCCAGUCAUGCUAA